UCCGAUAAUCCGGAAGAGACGCUGCAGGAAACACUAGUGUUUGAGAAAAUGAGUGCUAGCUUGGAUUUAAGGCUGAAGCGUGCGAACAAAGUGUAUCAUGAAGGGGAGGUCCUGGCUGGAGUGGUGGUGAUCACCAGUAAGGAAGCUGUGCAGCAUCAGGGAAUCACCCUCACCAUGGAGGGUCUUGUUAACUUGCAGCUCAGCUCCAAGAGCGUUGGAGUCUUUGAAGCUUUUUACAACUCGGUCAAGCCCAUUCAGCUGAUCAGCAGUAACAUCGAAGUAGCCAAACCAGGCAAGGUGCCAGGAGGCAAAACUGAAAUCCCCUUUGAGUUUCCGCUGCAAGCGAAAGGAAAUAAAGUGCUGUAUGAGACCUACCAUGGUGUUUUUGUCAACAUUCAGUAUACUCUCCGCUGUGAUAUGAAGCGCCCUCUGCUGGCAAAAGACUUGAGCAAGACCUCUGAAUUCAUGGUCCAUUGUCAGCCACAGAAAUCCAAAGUGCAGCUGACGCCGGUUGAUUUCACCAUCACGCCAGAGACACUGCAGAACGUGAGAGAGAAGAGUUCUCUCCCAAAAUUCCUGAUCAGAGGCCACCUCGACGCCACGAACUGCGUGAUCACACAGCCGCUCACAGGGGAGCUGGUGGUGGAGAGUUCAGAGGUCGGCAUCAAAAGCAUCGAGCUACAGCUAGUGCGGGUUGAGACAUGCGGCUGUGCUGAAGGCUAUGCCAGAGAUGCGACAGAGAUUCAGAACAUCCAGAUAGCAGAGGGAGAUGUGUGUCAUGGCCUCCCCAUCCCUAUAUACAUGGUCUUCCCCAGGCUGUUCACGUGCCCUACACUCGAAACAACAAACUUUAAAGUUGAGUUCGAGGUGAACGUGGUGAUUGUUUUUCACGAUGAUCAUUUAAUAACGGAGAACUUCCCGUUGAAGCUGUGCCGAGUAUGAGAUCAUUGCCUGCAGAUUCAUUGAUGUUUUCUGGAAGACUCGAGGUGUGGCCUUAUAACUGUUUAAGUGCCAGUCAGGAACCAACAGAACGGCUUGUGUUCUAUACAGAGACUGACCUAAUUAUUACACACAGGUUUUUUUUUUUCGCCCCUCACCAGUUCAGAUUGAGUGAGUUACUGGAAUCGUUGUUGAAAAGCUAGCACAGUUCUUCUUCCCUUUUCUUAUUUUUCCAUGACUGGGUAUUUCAGGACACCUAGUGCUCAUGUAGAAUGCUUUCUCAAUUUCCCCCCUCAUUUGAGCAUUUAAUAAAACAUCGUGUGCAGUAA